GCCAUGUUUUUGCGGGAGGACGCAUUUGAUUCAGCGGAACGGGAGAGGGAAGGGAGCUGUCUUUAUUUCGCCUGGUUUUUAUUUUCCCUCUCGUUUGUUUAGUCAUGUCUGGGGAAACAGAAGAAACAAAGACCAUCGAAGAAGCUACAACCGAGGAGCAGAGGGUAAGUAAAGGCGUUGUGCACUGUUUGGAAAUGGAGGACAAGGUGAUCAGCCCUGAGAAGGCAGAAGAGGCCAAGCUGAAAGAGAGGUACCCCCACCUGGGGUCUAAGCCCGGAGGCUCGGACUUCCUCCGGAAAAGGCUUCAGAAGGGGCAAAAGUACUUUGAUUCUGGGGACUACAACAUGGCCAAGGCCAAGAUGAAGAACAAACAGCUACCGACUGCCACGGCGGAGAAAGCCGAGAUCACCGGUGACCACAUUCCCAAGCCGCAAGACCUGCCCCAGCGGAAGCCUUCCCUGGUUGCCAGCAAGCUGGCUGGUUGAUAAAGGCUUUACAAACUGCUGCCUUUUUUUCCUCAUUCCCAUUUUUCUCAUCUUCGUGUUAGCCUUUUUUCCUGUUUCUUUCUUUUUUUUUAUUUUAACCUACAUUUAAAAGCACUCGGAGAAGAGUAUAAGAGGCAGAUUCCAGUAGAAUGCUGCUUUGUGGAUAAAUUUAAGCUCUCUAGUAUCUGGAAUAGUUUCUGAAGGAGAAUUAAGCUUGUGGAGCGUCGCAGGUGGUUUAAAUGUACUGUACUUUUUGGAUGAAACUGUACAUAUUUCCUAGUGUUGGAGUGAUGGCAGGAAUCGACAUUUUAGAAAGUUUUACAUUUUUACUGUAUCAUUCCUUGACCUCAUCUAAAUAAUGAAGUAAUGUGCUUGAAUUAUUUAAUCUUACAAUCAUGCACAUGCCUUUCCCCCCUUGAUACUGCUUUGCUCCUUGUUUUAUAUAUUUAAAAAUAAAGAAUGGACCACACAGAUGUAUUGCUACAAGUAAUGUUAUAGGAAAAAGAGCAUGUGUGAUAAACUAGGUUCUAAUGGGUUAAUGUUUGCUUGCCUCAAAAUCUUAAAAUACAGAAUUGCCUUAAAUCUUUCAGCUUUAUCAAUUGCGGUUUUUCUCGGGAAAUAUUUUCCCACCCUGGAAAACAGUCCUUGUGAACCUAGUACUGAAUGUGUGCUGAAAACUAUUUAAACCCAUUCUCAUCUAGGUUUUGUAGAUGGUAACUCACUAAAAGAAAUGUUUGAAGUGUGCAUGUGCAUAGACUGUGCAGUCAAUUCUGUGCCAUGUUUUUUUUGUAAAUAAAAUAGUUUUGCACAAAUGUUAGUUUAUUUAAUGAUCCCUUUAUACUGCAGAUCUUAUAACACUUGUGAUGGUCCUUUCUGAUGAAGUGUUUUGAUAAAACUACAGUGCUUUGCAGAAUUAUUCAUAUCCCUGCACAGUUUAAGCAUUUUGUUGCUUUAAAUGCUUACUGGCAUGACACCUUAAAGUAGCAAUUCAUGUUAAACACGCACUGCUAACUCCACAGUCAAUUAGAAAGUCAAAGAUGCAUACAUAUUGCCUAGAUCAUACUGUCCCUUCAAACUAUGCAUCUGGACAAGGAGGAAUCUGGUUAGGCACGCCACCAUAAGGCCAACAGUGACUUUUACAAAUAUACAACCUUCUUGACUGAGAUGGGAGAAAAUGUCUAUGGGUCGAUAAUGUCCCUGUCUCAUCUGAAAGGAAAAAGUCUAAUUCAAAUCCUGCAUCAGGUUUUCAAUAAAGCACUUAAAUGUUUCUGAAAUGAUUGGGCACAAAGAUGGGGUCAGACCAGACAAAAUUGGAGCUCUUCAGUCUAGAUGCAAGGUGUUACCUGUACAUCUGAUGUAAAUCCACCAUGUUAUCACUUUGUCAACAAUAUCCCCACUCUUACACCUAAGUGGGGCAGAGUUACAGUAUGUUAAAAUACUUGCUUUUCAUCACUUGUGUUGACAGUUGCUUGUCAAAACUGAUUGGAACAUAGGUGGAGCUAAUUACAGUACUGGCAAAUUUUAGAAGAAAUUAUUCUUCAGACUUAAAAGGAGAAAAAAGUGCACCUUUCAGUAGGAUAGGCAUCCAUACUGGAGUGGCUUUAGAAUAAGAAAGUGUCUUUGAAUGGCUGAGUUCCGAAUCUUAUGGAGAGUUACUAGAAAAACUCAAACUUGUUCACAAGCAACACGAGAGUUCAAGCAAAUCUGCCUUGAGGAUGAGCACAAAUUGCAUAAUUUAGUGUGCAAACUCAAAGACAUACAGUGCUGUGCAAGUAUUUGCCCCCUUAUGGAUUUCCUCUAUUAUUGCAACUUUUUUACACUGAAUAUUUUCAGGUCUCCAACCAAAAUCCAAUAUUCAAUAAAGGGAACCUGAGUGAACAAA